AUGCCCACGCCUCUUUCCUUCCCGCAUCAAGACUACAAGUCCCAGCAUGCAGUGCGGCCGCGCUCUCCUUUGACGUUACAAGUUAGUGUAAGUGGUCAUUUGGCAUUCAGCUGUGAUGAUGCCAAAGAACAUGAUGUACAAAAUAUACUUGAAGAAAUGGAGAAAAUUUUACACCCUGUUAACUUCUUAGUAAAUGCAAGUGGAAUUAACAGGGAUAGCCUUUUAACAAGAACGAAAACUGAAGAUGUGAUAACUCAGCUUCAUACUAACCUUUUGGGUUCCAUGCUGACCUGCAAAGCUGCCAUGAAAACUAUGAUUCAACAACAGAGAGGAUCUAUUGUUAAUGUAGGUGAUAUUAUUGGCUUAAAAGGAAAUGCUGGUCAGUCUGUGUACAGUGCUAGUAAAGAAGGAAUCUUCGGAUUUUCACGUGCUCUUGUUAAAGUAGUAAGAAGGAAAAUUACAGUGAAUGUAGUUGCUCCAGGAUUUGUUCAUACAGAUAUGACAAAAGCCUUGAACAAAGAACAUUUAAAGAAAAAUAUCCCUCUUGGGAGAUUUGGAGAACCUAUUGAUGUGGCACAUGCAGUUGUGUUUCUCUUAGAAUCACCUUAUAUUACAGGGCAUGUUCUGGUAGUGGAUGGGGGAUUACAACUCACGAUGUAAUUUACAGA